GUAAUAUUCAAACAUUAUAAAUAAAUGUAUACAUAUUUCCUCAUACUUAUAUAUAUUGUUAUAUGUGUUAUUUACAAGUCAGAUUUACAAAUAGGGAAAUUAGUUAGACCUUCUAAUUAAGAGAUGAAUUUACCGCCCUCUGUAGUAAACACACGGAAUUUCAUUUGUUCGUGCAGCCUUCCACACCAAUAUAUAUGGGCUUUGGGCAUUUACGAAUCAGAGGCAUCAUAUGAUCUAGAAAAAAAUGCUGUUUAGACAGGCUGCUCACGCGGCUAAAUAUCCAGAUGUUCUUUUUGAAAUCUGUAGUAUUGAUGAAUCAGAAUCUUUGUGUCGAAUCGGUUCGUUCGGACGAUUCGCUUCAACCUAUUCACCUAUAUAUAUAUAAUCUAAAUUGUUAUUUUCAUUAUUUAUUAUUUUCUUCCCGUCUACCAAUUUUACUGCUAAACUAUUUUUUUGUAACAGAUUAGUGAUUCCCAAAAACUUUGCUACAAGCGCUUAGGUCGAAUCAAUUUAAAAGUAUCGAUUCAAAAGAAUGAUUCGUUUUCGAAUCCCUGAAAAUUCGAUCGCAAAACGUUACAGUGGGUCUAGAUGACGCAAAUAACAACAGCGCGUGUCUUUUCAGUGUCUUGAGCCUAAAAACAAAAGUGAGGGGUGUUUCUCUGCGCCGUCUGUUGGUCACUGGAGAGGCGCGCGGUCACCGUUACGCAUUUCAGCGGAACACCGAGCGCAGGAUGACCGACACUCACGGCGAGAUCAGCGGGCACGUCUGUCUGCGACCGGCUCCGGUGCAGACCUUUAACCACAGAUCCUCUACGUGGGUCCGUUUGAACGUCGGUGGCACGUACUUUCUGACCACCAGACAGACGCUCUGCAGGGAUCCCAAAUCGUUCCUGUUCCGGCUGUGCCAAACAGAGCCAGACCUCGAUUCUGAUAAGGAUGAGUCUGGGGCGUAUUUGAUUGAUAGGGAUCCCAUGUAUUUCGGGCCUGUGCUGAAUUACCUGAGACAUGGGAAGCUGGUCCUCAACAAGAACCUGACGGAGGAAGGAGCUCUUGAAGAGGCAGAGUUUUACAACAUCACAUCAUUAAUAAAACUCAUCAAAGAAAAGAUCAGUGAAAGAGAAGCCAAGACGACCCACACGCCAGUCAAGCAUGUUUACAGAGUGUUGCAGUGUCAAGAAGAAGAACUUACUCAGAUGGUCUCGACCAUGUCAGACGGAUGGAAGUUUGAGCAGCUUGUCAGUGUAGGUUAUGGGCGGGCCCAGAAGUCAGAGUUUUUCCUGAUUGUGUCUCGAGAGGUGAAGGGGGAGGAGUCAAGCCAAACUCACCCUGCCCACAGUGGAGAGCUGGUCAAUAUCGGAUCCUCCUAUAACUAUGGUAAUGAAGAUCAGGCGGAGUUCUUGUGUGUUGUUUCUAAGGAACUGCACAACCAAUCGAACAGCAGCAACACUCAACCCAGUGAGAAAGCCAAGAUUCUACAGGAACGUGGUUCUAGAAUAUGAUCAUCUAGAGCUCCCAUGUUUUAGACACAUCAGCUCUUUCUAGAACAUCCCACGAGCUUGUUCUCUUCACACCUCGAGAGCACUGGACACCUGACGCACGCAAGCAGCACGUGAAGAACAUGGCCACUGUAAUCUAGUCUUCCUGAUGCUUGUUUGUUUAGAUCUUCAUGGAUUCAGUGACAGGAUCUGAAGAGAUGGACCAGUGUCAGUCUCAGGGAACAAAAGGAAAUGGACGGGUCACUCUGAAUCACUGCCCACCUCUUACCACAAUCAUUCCAAUGGACAUACAGUGGGGUCCAAAAGGGAUAAUACUUUGAUUUUGCAUUUAAAACAAAUGCUUUUCCUUACAAAUCUCUCUGUAUUUGGUUUGUCUCCCAUUUUCUUUAGUCAAUAACAUGAUCAAAACCUGAUGCUCAUGUACUCCUGCAUGAUUUGCAAUGUUUCAAGGAGCGUCUUGAGCUUCAGUGGAAGCAGGAAAAUCUGAGCGCAAUCAAGGAUCAACGUCAUUUGAUUGGACACAGAUAUAAUACAUAAUAUAACAUAUAAUGUCUUUAUUUAACACUUCUUCAAAAGCAAAUUAUUUUAACUCUUUUUGUAAAGGUGUAAAAAAGACUUUUGGACCCUACUGUCCUAUGAUUUAUAUAUGCAACAAAAGUGAUUAGUAACAAAUUUGGCAACAGCGCUAUGGUUGAGUACACAUUGUAAUGCAAGAUUUUAUUGCUGAGAAAUAUUUCUUAGUGUUGAGAUUUUAGCUACACUAACAUUCAAACGUCUGGGGUUAUUUAUAGCUAUAGUCUCUGCAUUAAUUUGAUCAAAAAUGCAGUAAAAGCAGUAAUAUUUAUAAUGCACAGUUUGAUAAAUAGAAAGCCUGAAACAGGAUUUAAUUGAUAUAGAAAUAUUUUAUAAUAUUUUAAAUGUCUUUACUGUUGCUUUUGAUCAAUUUAAUGGGUCCUUGCUGAAUAAAAAAACUUACUGAUCCCAAUCUUUUGAAUGCUUUUUUACUUGUGAAAAUGAUUGCUUUUGCACUACUGCUAUUAUUAUUAUUAUCAUCCAGGCAAUAUUUCAGAGGUAUUGGUUAACCGUUGUUAUUAUUAUUAUUAUUAUGCUGAAAUGUGUUAUUAUUACUGAAUACUUGGCUGGAGGAGAGACAGGAUACAAAGCAUUUAAAAGACACUUUGCCUGUCCUGAUCUUGCACAUUUGAGUAUAUACUAUACAUCAGGGUUAUUCAAAUCUUGCCCUGGAGGGCCCGUGCACUGCAGAGUUAAGCUCCAACCCUAAUCAAACCCACUACCUGUGAUUUUCUAAUGAGCUCAAAGACAUUGAUUAACAGGCUCAGGUGUGUUUGAUUAGGGUUGGAGCUAAACUCUAUAGUGCACCAGCCCUCCAGGGCAAGAUUUAAAUAACCCUGCUAUACAUUCUCUAAGGUAGCAGUGUAUGCAUUUGUAUGACUUUUGUAAAUGUUAACAUCUAAACCUGUACUGCAAAAUCACCUCACUGUAAAAUCUGAAUGUAGAGACACACAUCCACACACUUUUAAAAUACAUAAGCAUUUAAAAAAAAAUAAUCACAUGUCUGUGUGCUUGAACUGCCAUUUCAGGGCGAAAUAAAAUAAAUAAAGCUAUAUAUUAAAAAUCA